AUGGUUUUGAAGGAUGCACAGGGGUCGGUUCUUGGGUGCAGAUUUGGUUUUCAACCGGGAGUCUUCACUGCUGUGGAAGGGGAGGCGAUGGCUACGUUGGAGGGGAUUGUUUUAUGUCGCGAGAUAGAGGUCCAGGAUAUCAUUUUUGAGACAGAUUGCCAAGAGCUAUACUGGUUGUUAGUUAAACGAGAAACUGAUCUCUCUUACCUUGGUGUUACGGUGGAGAAGAUUUACAGAGAGGUGGUCUCCUUUCGCCAUAUUGCUUUCAGCUGGACUGAACGCGAAGGAAAUUCGAUUGCGGAUGGCUUAGCUCGCUUUGCUUUACAGAAUUUCAGUCCUUUGUCUUCUUCGAGGGUUCUCCCUUCUUUUGUGAACUCUGGUGUUCAUGAUUAA